AGUUCGUUGUCCGCUUUCCACACAGCCCGUGGCCUCCGUGAUCGUCCUCCCUCCUCCUGACACCAUCACCCUCACUCUCACUCUCACUCUCACUUCCACAGGAGCCCCCCGCCAUGAGCAGCAGAGCCUCGCUGCUCCGCAGACUAAUUAUCCAUCGCCAUCGCAGCAUCGACGACAACAUCGGAUCAGUCCAGCCGCAGCACCAGCGUCAGCUGAUCCCCAUCCGCCACCAUUAUUCUAAUCCCCACCAGCGUUAUUCUAAUCCAGGCCCCGAUCUCGCCGGGGUGCGCGCGUUUACUUCCUUAUCCACACCAUGGCCGUGCCGCCCGCGCGCGUCCCUGUCGCCGUCGUCCUUCUUCUCCAGCCUGGUGGCAGGCAGGGGUCAAGGGGAGGAGCCGGAGGCGGAGGUGCUGGACAUGGAUGCCGGCACGGUGCGCUGCGCGGCCAACUACGCGCCGCUCACGCCGCUCAGCUUCAUCGAGCGCGCCGCGGCGGUGUACGGUGACCGCGCCGCCGUGGUGUACGGGGAGGCCCGCCGGCGCACGUGGAGGGAGGUGCGGGAGCGCUGCGUCCGCGUGGCCGCCGCGCUCGCCACGCGGCUCGGCGUCGCCCGCGGCGAUGUGGUUGCUGUCCUCAGCCCGAACGUGCCGGCGAUGUACGAGCUGCACUUCGCCGUGCCCAUGGCCGGCGCCGUCCUCUGCACGUUCAACACGCGGCACGACGCGGCCAUGGUGUCCGCCCUGCUCAAGCACUCCGGCGCCAAGGUCUUCCUCGUCGAGUCGAGCCUCCUCGACAUCGGUAAAGCCGCUCUGAAGCGCCUCGCCGAUCAGCCGAACGCCGCCAGCAUUCCGUUCCUUGUGAUCAUGUCGGACGACGCCGGCUCGGUCAAGGACUCCGGCUGCGCGGCGGACUACGACUACGAGGGUCUGAUCAAGAACGCCCCGUCCAAGUUCGACGUCCGGUGGCCGGCGAACGAGCUGGACCCGAUCACGCUCAACUACACGUCCGGCACGACGUCGCGGCCCAAGGGCGUGGUCUACAACCACCGCGGCGCCUACCUCAACACCAUCGGCACGGUCCUCGCCUACGACAUCACCCCGAUGCCGACCUACCUGUGGACGGUGCCCAUGUUCCACUGCAACGGCUGGCACCUGCCGUGGGGCGUGGCCAUGCAGGGCGGCACCAACGUCUGCCUCCGCCACUUCACCGCCGGGGUCAUCUUCGACAGCAUCGCGCGGAACGGGGUGACGCACAUGGGCGGCGCGCCGACGGUGCUCAACAUGAUCGUCAACGCGCCGGCCGCGGACCGGAGGCUGCUGCCGGGGACGGUGCGCGUCAUGACGGGCGGCGCUCCGCCGCCGCCCCGCGUCCUGGCCGGGAUGGAGGAGCUCGGGUUCGUGGUGUACCACAUCUACGGCCUCACGGAGACGCACGGCCCGGCCACCGUGUGCACGUGGAUGCCGGAGUGGGACACGCUGCCGGCCGAGGAGCGCGCGCGGCUCAAGGCGCGGCAGGGGUUCCAUCACAUCGCCAUGGAGGAAGUCGACGUCAAGGACCCGGCGACCAUGGAGAGCGUGCCGCGCGACGGCGAGGCGGCGGGCGAGGUGAUGUUCCGCGGCAACACCGUCAUGAGCGGGUACUACAGGGACAUCGACGCCACCAAGGAGGCCAUGGCCGGAGGGUGGCUGCACACGGGCGACCUCGCCGUGCGGCACCCGGACGGGUACAUCCAGCUCAAGGACCGGGCCAAGGACAUCAUCAUAUCAGGCGGCGAGAACAUCAGCUCCAUCGAGGUGGAGUCGGUGAUCUUCAGCCACCCGGCGGUGCUGGAGGCGGCGGUCGUGGCGAGGCCCGACAAGCACUGGGGGGAGACGCCAUGCGCGUUCGUGAAACUGAAGGACGGCGCCAGGGCCACAGAAGCAGGGAUCAUCGGUUUUUGCCGAGAGAGGAUGCCGCAUUACAUGGCGCCCAAGACGGUGGUGUUCGAGGAUCUGCCCAAGACCUCGACGGGGAAGACGCAGAAGUUUGUUCUCCGGGAGAAGGCCCGGGCCAUGGGCAGCCUGACCAAGACCGGAAGCAGCAGCAAACUGUAGUAACAUUUGUUUGGAUGGUGUGGCAUGUCGACUGAAAUUGAAGCCAUCCCAUUGUAAAUGCACCUCAUUUCAUUAAGCACAUAUACACCAAAAAUACAGCCAGGGGACACGGCAUCCACUCCACUGCUUAUCAAGCAAUACUUAUACUUUUAA